UAAUGUGACUCGGGGUCUCGUCGUCUUGUGGAAUCUCUGCUGGUCGGAGCAUUUUUCUCUGCUGGACACAUUUUCAUAUUUCCAUUUUGCGACAUGUUCACUCGAGCAGCCAAAAAUUGCCUUCUCAAAGCGCAUUACCAGAAGAAAUUACUAGUAUUAAGUCUUUCGAGACAACCACAAUGUGCAGCAUUUUCUACUUCUGUAGAAAAAAGGGGCAAGGGUUUGAUACCCAAACGAGAAGAAUUUGCUUCAAGGCAUAUUGGACCUCGAGAAAGCGAUCGCGAUCAAAUGUUGGCAUAUUUAGGAUUCAAGACCUUAGAUGAUAUGAUACAACAGGCAGUUCCUGAAAAUAUUCGACUUAAUAGAGAUCUAGAAUUGGAAGAAUGUUACGAUGAACACGAAUUGAUUGAGAGGAUUCGAUCUAUAGCCGAGAAAAACAAAAUUUGGCGAAGUUUUCUGGGAAUGGGAUAUCACCACUGUGUUGUGCCUCAUCCAAUACUUCGAAAUAUGUUUGAGAAUCCAGGAUGGACGACUCAAUACACUCCAUAUCAACCAGAAAUUGCCCAAGGACGAUUGGAAGGCCUUUUGAAUUAUCAGACAAUGGUGACGGACUUGACGGGACUUCCGGUAGCAAAUGCAUCACUUCUUGACGAAGGAACUGCUGCUGCGGAAGCUCUAAGUUUAUGCUACAGGCAAAACAAACGAAGGAAGAUUUAUUUGUCCGACAAACUUCACCCCCAAACUAUCAGCGUGGUCGAGACUAGAUGCAGUGCGUUAGGAAUGGAAAUAUUUCUCGGAAACGUGAAUAAUUUUGACUUCAGUAAUCGCGAUGUUUCUGGUGUUCUUUUCCAGUAUCCAGACACCGACGGCAAUAUCAUGGAUUUUACUGAGGUUGUUCACAAAGCUCAUACAAAUGGGACUCUUGUUUGCUGUGCCACGGACCUGUUAGCUCUCACAAUUUUACGACCACCAGGCGAAUUCGAUGUAGACAUUGCUGUGGGCACGAGCCAGAGAUUUGGAGUUCCUCUCGGAUACGGCGGACCUCAUGCUGGAUUCUUUGCCUGCAAAAGUUCUCUUAUCCGUUUGAUGCCAGGAAGAAUGAUCGGAGUGACCAGAGAUGCCAGCGGACAAAAUGCCCUCCGUCUUGCCCUCCAAACCCGUGAACAACAUAUUCGCCGUGACAAAGCAACAAGUAAUAUUUGCACUGCACAAGCGCUGUUGGCAAAUAUGGCUGCAAUGUUCGCUGUGUAUCACGGGCCAAAUGGUUUAAAAAAUAUCGGAGUACGAGUUCACACUGCCGCAUUAGUUCUGGCAAAAGGACUUCGAGAUUCAGGAAAUACGAUAGAAAAUCCAUUCUUCUUUGACACCCUCCAUAUUAAUCCCGUCAUGGCCCAAACGGAAAUUCGUCAUCGAGCGAAACAACGUGAAAUCAAUCUUAGAUAUUUUUCGGAUGGAACUGUUGGAGUUGCUCUGGAUGAAACUAUUAAUGAGAAAGAUUUGGAUGACUUACUAUGGAUUUUCGGAGGAAAAACCAACCUUGCUAAACUCACUAGUGAACAUGAUAAUGCAGAAAAUUUAGAAGGAAGUAUUUUCAACUCGGAAUUCAGACGAACGAGUCCGUAUCUCACUCACCCAGUUUUCAAUUCUCAUCAAUCAGAGACGAGGAUUGUUCGCUACAUGAAAACCUUGGAGAACAAAGAUAUUUCCCUAGUUCAUUCCAUGAUACCUCUGGGAUCAUGUACCAUGAAAUUGAAUAGUACAACAGAAAUGAUGCCCUGUUCAUUCCGUCAUUUUACUGAUAUUCACCCUUUUGUCCCAUUGGACCAGGCCUUAGGAUACACAGAGCUAUUUGAACAAUUGGAAAAAGAUUUGUGUGAAAUCACUGGCUAUGACAAGAUCUCAUUUCAACCAAACAGUGGUGCUCAAGGAGAAUACGCCGGUCUCCGAGCUAUAAAGUCGUAUCUAGAAGCCAAGGGCGAAGGUCAUCGAAACGUAUGCUUAAUUCCAGUAUCAGCUCACGGAACGAAUCCUGCGUCCGCACAAAUGGCUGGUAUGAAAGUGGAGGUUAUUAAUGUUAAGCGUGACGGAUCUAUCGACAUUAAGCAUCUUCAAGCCAAAGUUGAAAAAUACAAGGAUGAACUCGCAUGUCUCAUGAUUACGUAUCCUUCUACCAAUGGAGUUUUUGAAGACACUGUGGCCGAGGUGUGUCAAAUGAUCCACGAUGCUGGAGCACAAGUAUAUUUAGAUGGUGCAAACAUGAAUGCGCAAGUGGGGAUAUGCAGACCUGGAGAUUAUGGUUCUGACGUGUCUCAUUUGAACCUCCACAAAACAUUUUGCAUUCCUCAUGGUGGAGGUGGUCCAGGAAUGGGACCGAUCGGAGUGAAAGCUCAUCUUGCUCCAUUUCUUCCAUCGCAUCCUGUCGUCAAUCCCCUGGCAUCCAUGGGUAAACUGUCAAAGUCUUUCGGAGUCGUGAGUGCUGCGCCCUUUGGCUCAUCGGCUAUUUUGCCAAUUUCAUGGGCUUAUAUUAAAAUGAUGGGAGCAAAGGGACUGAAACGUGCAACUCAAGUGGCCAUCCUCAAUGCGAAUUACAUGUCGAAACGCUUGGAUAAUCAUUACAAAACAUUGCAUAAGGGAACUAAUGGACUUGUUGCUCACGAAUUUAUCAUCGAUGUCAAACCAUUUAAGCUAACAGCGAACAUUGAACCAGUUGACAUUGCUAAGCGCUUGAUGGACUUUGGAUUCCACGCUCCGACAAUGAGUUGGCCUGUCCCUGGGUCUUUGAUGAUUGAACCAACAGAGUCUGAGGACAAGGGAGAACUGGAUAGAUUUUGUGAUGCUUUGAUCUAUAUUCGCCAAGAAAUUGCUGAAAUUGAGGAAGGACGCAUGGACAUUGGAGUCAACCCAAUUCGAAUGUCACCACACACGCAAGUCCAAGUUAUGGGAUCUGACUGGAACCGCCCGUAUAGCAGGGAAAUUGCUGCAUUUCCAGCCCCAUUUGUGAGACCAGACACGAAGAUUUGGCCUACAGUUCAAAGAUUAGACGACUCUUAUGGAGAUCAAAAUUUGAUUUGCACGUGUCCUCCGUUGGAGUCAUACCAAAAAUAUGGAGGCUAAAACCUAGGACUAAUGAAAUCACUGCUACUAAAGUUGAUUAAUAAAUACAUUUCUAUUAUUUUUUGCUCAA